AUGUGGCGCCGAUCCCUCGCAAAGCUGUCGGCGCUCCAGCGCCAGUCGCUACCCACGCGCCCGCAGCGCUGUUGGCUGUCGUCUCGAGCGCUUACACAGGAGGAGAACGACCUGUUGAACGGACCGCGCGAGGCAAUGGACUACGACGUCGUGCUGGUCGGCGCCGGUCCCGCCGGUCUCUCGGCGGCCAUCCGCCUGAAGCAGCUCGCAGCCGAGAAGGGCACUGACCUGUCGGUGUGUGUGGUUGAGAAGGGCGCAGAGGUCGGGUCGCACCUCGUGUCGGGCAACGUGCUGGAGCCGCGCGCGCUGAACGAGCUGCUGCCGGACUGGAAGGACCGCGGCGCGCCGCUCGAUACGCCCGUGACGAAGGACAAGUUCCUGCUGCUCACGGAGACGCAGUCAAUGGCGCUGCCGCACUUUCUGCUGCCCCGGGAGGAGCACAACGACGGCAACUUUGUGAUGAGUCUGAGUAAGUUUGCGCGCUGGUUGGGCGAGCAGGCGGAGGAGGUGGGGGUCGAGAUCUACCCCGGCUUCUCGGCCUCGGAGGUGCUGUACCGGGCAGACGGAGCCGUGGCGGGCAUUGCAACGCGCGACGUUGGGAUUGGGAAGGACGGGACGCCCAAGAGCACUUUUGCGCGUGGCAUGGAGCUCCGAGCGCGUGUGACGCUCUUUGCUGAAGGCUGUCGGGGAUCGUGCAGUGAGGAGGUGAUGGAGAAGUAUCAGCUGCGAGACGGUGUCCAGCCCCAGACGUAUGGAAUUGGUGUGAAAGAGGUGUGGCGCAUUCCAAAGGAAAAGCACCAGCCUGGGCUCGUGCAGCACACGCUGGGCUGGCCUCUGCAGCAAUCACUGAUGGACAAGACGUUUGGUGGCUCGUUUAUGUACCACAUGGAAGACGACCUUGUCCAGAUUGGGCUCGUCGUCGGGUUGGACUACGAGAACCCUUACAUCAAUCCGUACGAAGAGUUUCAGCGGUUUAAAACGCACCCGGCGAUCCGAAAGUAUUUGGAAGGAGGCGAGUGCGUGCAGUAUGGUGCCCGCUGCCUGAACGAAGGCGGUUACCACGCGAUUCCGAAGCUAACGUUCCCUGGUGGCGGACUGAUUGGGUGCUCGGCUGGGUUCCUUAAUGGUGUGAAGAUCAAGGGUACGCAUACUGCGAUGAAGUCGGGCAUGCUAGCUGCUGAGGCAGCAUACGAAGCUUUGAUUGCCACUGACGUGGAGCCCGUGGCUGCAACGGCGGAGAUUAAUCCGGACGAGCCGGCUGUCGAUAUCUCGAGUUACGAAGAUGCGGUAGAGUCAUCAUGGAUUGCUGAGGAGCUGAAGGCCGUGCGCAAUGUGCAUGCUGGUUUCCACAAGGGAUUCUUGCCCGGCCUCCUACACGCUGGUGUGGCUACACACGUCUUGAGGGGAAAAGAACCUUGGACCAUUCCGAAUAAGAUUGCAGACUCGGCCAAAACGCGCCCAGCCAAAGAGUUCUCGCCCAUUGAGUACCCGAAACCGGACGGUGAGUUGACGUUCAACUUGCUUUCGAACCUACAGCGCAGCGGCACCAACCACAAUCACGACCAGCCCUCACACCUACGCAUCAAGCCUGAGCUCGCGGAGGUACCUUCGACUGAGUCGUUCCCUGUGUACGCUGGUCCGGAGCAGCGCUUUUGUCCUGCUGGCGUGUACGAAUACACGGAUGGUAGCGAGGCCAACGGUGUCCCGCAACUCGUGAUCAACGCUCAGAACUGCGUCCACUGCAAGUGCUGCUCGAUAAAAAUGCCUAAGGAGUACAUCAAGUGGACUGUGCCUGAAGGCGGAGGUGGCCCUGCUUAG